AUGGCCCCAGCACAAGAAGACAGCGACUUCACGUUCACUAAGGCAGCCACUAGUUCAUGCUUGCCAAGUAGCCAUGGCCAAGAGACACGUCUCCAUUUCCACCGGAUUCAUCUCCUCUUCCUUCUCAUGUUCUCCACUGCCCACGCGAGAGAACAAGGCUACCUCGCUAGAGGAUCCUCCAUCUCCACCGUGGAUGACACCAUCACCAUCCUGGUGUCACCCAAUGGCGAAUUCUCCUGUGGCUUCUACAAGGUGGCCACCAACGCCUUCACCUUCUCCAUCUGGUUCUCCAAAUCAGCUGACAAGACCGUCGCCUGGACGGCCAACCGUGAUGCUCCAGUGAACGGCAAGGGCUCCAAGCUCGUCUUCCAGAAGGAUGGGAGAUUGGCUCUUCUUGACUACAACGGCACGGCUGUAUGGAGCACAACUACGACCCAUGCCAGAAGUGCACAGCUUCUGGAUACCGGCAACCUUGUUGUCAUGGAUCCAGAUGGGGUUUAUUCAGGUUCCUACACCUUCUACUUCAACAGUGACAAUGUGUUGACCCUUAUCUACAGUAGCACUGAGAUUAGUAGCAUAUAUUGGCCGAAUCCUUACUACAAACCGUGGGAGAACGGCAGGAGUACUUAUAAUAGUAGCCAAUUUGGUGUUCUUGACAACACAGGUCGAUUUGUAGCUAGUGACAAAUCCCAGUUUGAAGCCUCUGAUCUUGGUGGUGAGGUUAUGAGGAGGUUGACUCUAGACUACGAUGGUAACCUAAGACUGUAUAGCCUAGACGUGACCGAUGGCAGCUGGUUGGUCUCUUGGAUGGCAUUCCCACGGACUUGUGAAAUACAUGGGCUGUGUGGCAUAAACAGCCUUUGCACGUAUAUACCAAAGCUUGAGUGUUCUUGCAUCGAAGGUUUUGAGAUGAUUGAACCAGGCGACUGGAGCAAAGGAUGUAAGAGCAAGUCGAACAUGUCAACCAAAAUGAAGCGGAGCAAAGGGAGCAAAGGCAUGGUAAAUAGCAUGGCUAACCAGAAUUUUCAUUCCGGAAACUUGGUGGAACUGACUUCUGGGGCCUUGCUUUUCAACGGCAAGACCUUUGCAUCUCCUCCUAAUGAUAUCUAUCUGAAAGUUCCCAACGUGUCACUGUCUUCACCAGAAUUGGAUUCUAGAAAAACUCAUCAAUGCAAAAUUACUGAAGAAGUUGCCUAUCCUUUGUCACCAAUGUUAGGUGGUACCACUUCCAAGUUCAAGUUUGACUACUUCCAAUCUUCUGCGCUAACACUGCUUGUCAUUGAAGUAGUAUUAAUCGUAGCCGGGUGCUGGGUUGUUUACAAAUGGGAGAGAAGACCAGAGAUUACAGAUGAAGGCUAUAUGAUAAUUUCUAGCCAAUUUCGAAGAAUCAGCUACAAGGAGUUAGAGAAGGCAACCAAAUGUUUCCAGGAAGAGCUCGGAAGUGGUGGAUCAGGAACGGUUUACAAGGGAGUCCUGGAUGAUGAAAGGAAGGUGCCUGUGAAGAAGCUAAACGAUGUGAUCCAAGGAGAGCAAGAGUUCAGGUCUGAGUUAAGUAUCAUAGGAAGAAUUUAUCAUAUGAAUCUGGUCAGGAUAUGGGGGUUCUGUGCCGAGAAAAAACACAGAAUCUUGGUCUCCGAGUUCAUUGGGAAUGGUUCAUUAGACAAAGCUCUGUUUGAAUGGGCUCUAAAUCUUCCAAUAACUGGCAAAGCCGACGUUUAUAGCUACGGAGUAGUGCUUCUUGAGUUGGUGAAGGGGAUUCAGGUUUCCAAUUGGAUGGCUGAAGGCGAAGGUGAGAUGGAAAUGGCUGUUAGGCACUCUGCUGAUAUUCUUAAAGAGAAAUUAGCAAGCGAAGAUAAGUCAUGGCUCCUGGAGUUUGUGGAUUAUAGAUUGAGUGGAGAAUUUGAUUAUUGA